CCUCGUUGUUACCCGCCCCUUACAGAAUAUGUAUGAAAAUUGGCAGGGCCAUGUCGCUGCAGCCGUCUUUGCUGCAAGCACCACUGUAUGGUUCGGGUUGGUGAACAUACAUGUCCCGGACCCAUAUCUGGAUGAGUUCUUCCAUAUACCUCAGGCUCAGAAUUAUUGUGCAGGAGACUAUACGUGGGACCCGAAGAUCACCACACCUCCAGGCUUAUAUCUGGUAGCUAAGCUACUCUCGCCAGUGUUAGGAUGCAGCGCAAGAACCCUGAGACUUCAAAAUGUGUUUACACUCGCUUUAAUCUUCUCCCAAGUCCUUCAGAUACGCCGAUUUAUCCAAACCCAGGGCUACACUCAACGCAAAAAGGAGGGCUUGGUUGACAAAACUGGUGAAGAUGUACCAGAAGAGCAAUCGGGAGACUCCGAAAGUGACCAGGCACCCUUCUCUACUGCACUCACUGCCUUCAAUAUUGCUUCGUUUCCGCCGCUGUUCUUUUUCGGUUCCCUUUACUACACAGACAUCAUGUCAACCGCGUCUGUCUUGAUAAGUUACUAUGCACUCCUGCGAACUACCGCGAAGACGCAAAGAAGUUUCAGCGAUGAUCUUGUCGCCGUACUCAGUGGUAUUGUGGCCUUGUCCUUCAGGCAGACCAACAUAUUUUGGGUGGCAGUGUUCCCUGCCGGUUUAACAGUCGUCAACGAGCUGAAAAAAAACGGGCACACAUCAAGCACCGCACGUAGGCUAGGCUACAUGGCCAUUGUUCAAGAGAGUUGGUCAAAAGGCACAAUAUCCGAUAGUUCCGUGCGGGAUGGAGGUCUCGAUGGCUCUGGCUCCAUCAUGUUCCUGUUGACUACUGUAAUUGCGGCACUGAGCUCUCCUGUCAAGGUUAUGAGGUCCGUGAUUGCUUAUGUGUCCCUUCUCCUCUCUUUUGCUGGAUUUGUGGUCUGGAACGGUAGCGUUGUCCUCGGCGACAAAUCAGCACACACUGCCACCAUCCACAUACCUCAAAUGCUCUAUAUAUGGCCAUAUAUCGCCCUGUUCUCGGCGCCCGUCCUCAUAGGGCCUUUGUUUUGCUGUAUGGCUCACCUUUUACCAUCAAACAUUGGAGUCAAGCUCGGUGUCAAGCAGAGAUCUCCAUACACCGUCUACCCGCAGCCUUUACAGGCCAUUGUCUUCAUUGCUAUUGGCCUAGUCGCCGUACAUUUCAACACCAUCGUUCACCCUUACACUCUCGCUGACAAUCGCCACUACGUGUUCUACGUCUUCAAGCUUCUUCUCCGACACCCAGCGCUCAAAUAUCUCGCCGUUCCAGUCUACUAUGCAUUUUUCUGGCUCAGCAUACAAUCUCUCGCUCAUCCCACCUCAGUCCCCGAAGCUUCGAGACUCAAGGUGCCAGCUAGGCCCUGGAGAGAGGCUGUUCAGAUUAGCUUUGUCAUUAUAUGGCUUGUUACGACGGCGCUCUCCGUCGUGACAGCUCCGUUGGUCGAACCCCGUUACUUCAUCGUACCAUGGAUCGUCUGGCGCCUGCAUGUACCUCAUGCACCAACCGUUUUCUCGACUGGCGGUCGUACGUACGCUCCUGAUCUACGAGUAUUGGUGGAGACUGUUUGGCUGCUUGCCAUCAACCAGACUUUACAGUAUCUGUUCCUGAACAAGCCUUUUACCUGGCCAAGCGAGCCCGGAAAGUUGCAGAGAUUUCUAUGGUAGACGGAUGUUGGAAUGUAAGAUGAUGUCACUAUGGAAGAGGGAGUGUUCAUGAAUUAUGAAGCAAGCCAAAACCUUGGUAAACUUUGCGAUAUUAGAUUUGUAACAUAUUCCGGUAAAAUAAGACCUCGAACGUAGAGUCGUAUGACAUGUUGGG